GUUUCUUAAUUACACAAAAUUAAUCGCAGCCAUCAAAACUUUCGUGAAAUUCGUUCGCUUCACUCCUCUAUUUUGCUACGGGCUUUUAAUGCAUUUCAGUCCUUUUUCCAUGCUCUGUCCGUUCAAUUUUCUGCGCCGAAUACAUUUUUCGAAAAUUCGAUAUUGAUUAAUUUGUCGUAUCAAAGUUGGUAACGGCGUGGGAAAAUGCUUCCCGUCGAACAGGUGUUUUUCAAAAGCUGUGGUGUGUGUGUGUGUGUUUUGUGUUUACAGCGGAAAGUUUCUCAUGUACAAUUUGUGGCUUUGUCAUUGUGAUACUCAUAAUUUUGAUUUUCGAAAUUGAAUUAGUCAUGCAGUUAUCGAAACAUUUAAAUCAUCUCUGUAAUUGAUAGUGCGUCUGUCUCCUAUCUUCACGUAGUUGGCUGUAACUGAACCCAGCAUCUUGUUGAAUGUGUUUACUUGUAUCUACAGCAAUCUUCCUCAAAUUUCAUAACUUUCGGUGAAGUCAUGCAUUGUGAAAUAGAAGAAAAGUAAUGGUUUGCGGAGGACAGCAGUUGACAAUGCCUCAUCAAUACGGAGGCAUGGCGCAUAGCCUUGCUUACCGGAACGAGGACCAGCGGCUAACAAGGGAGGCAAUGGAGCGAUACUUGCGCGAACGAAGUGAUAUGGUCAUAGUCAUUCUUCAUGCUAAAGUGGCUCAAAAAUCUUACGGUAAUGAGAAACGGUUUUUUUGUCCUCCACCUUGUAUCUAUCUAUUCGGUGAUGGUUGGCGGUUGCGACAAGAACAGUUGUUGCGAGAGGGUGAGUCAGAACAAGCUGCCCAGUUGUGUGCGUUCAUUGGAAUAGGAAACUCAGAGCAAGAUAUGCAACAGCUUGACCUCAAUAAUGGCAAACAGUAUUGUGCAGCCAAAACUCUAUUCAUUUCUGACUCCGAUAAGCGGAAACAUUUUAUGCUUUCUGUAAAAAUGUUUUAUGGGAGCGGGCAUGAUAUUGGAGUUUUCCAUAGUAAAAGAAUUAAAGUAAUCUCAAAACCAUCAAAGAAAAAACAAUCACUAAAAAAUGCAGACCUCUGUAUAGCUAGUGGCACCAAAGUUGCCCUGUUUAAUAGGCUCCGUUCCCAAACUGUUAGUACAAGGUAUUUACAUGUAGAGAAUGGAAAUUUUCAUGCAAGCUCUACACAGUGGGGAGCAUUUACAAUUCAUCUACUAGAUGAUGAAGAGAGUGAGAGUGAGGAAUUUAGUGUUCAAGAUGGCUAUGUACAUUAUGGAAGCACUGUCAAAUUAGUUUGCAGCGACACUGGAAUGGCCCUGCCCAGACUGAUAAUUCGUAAAGUAGACAAGCAAAUGGCUCUACUAGAAGCGGAUGAUCCUGUUUCGCAACUGCACAAGUGUGCAUUUUACAUGAAAGAUACAGAACGAAUGUACCUAUGCCUAUCUCAGGAACGCAUCAUCCAAUUUCAAGCAACGCCUUGUCCCAAAGAACCAAAUAAAGAAAUGAUAAACGAUGGAGCUUGUUGGACAAUUAUCAGCACAGAUAAAGCAGAAUACCAGUUUUAUGAAGGGAUGGGCCCUGUAAGGUCACCCGUAACGCCUGUUCCCGUUGUCCACAGUCUACAUCUCAAUGGAGGUGGAGAUGUGGCCAUGUUAGAACUCUCAGGUGAAAAUUUUACACCUAAUUUACAAGUCUGGUUUGGAGAUGUUGAGGCAGAGACGAUGUACCGAUGUCAAGAAAGCAUGCUUUGCGUCGUUCCAGAUAUAUCUUCAUUUAGGGGUGAGUGGCUAUGGGUUCGGCAGCCCACACAAGUUCCUGUCUCAUUAGUUCGAAAUGAUGGUAUUAUAUAUGCGACAGGCUUGACUUUCACAUAUACUCCAGAGCCUGGGCCUCGGCCUAUCUGCUCCCCUGCUGAGGAUAUUUUACGUUCUGGUCAUAAUGAUCGACUUGCUGACAGACUUCCUGCCUUGACUGAUGUGCCAUGGUCACAACCCCCAGCUCUGUAAUAAUGUAAAAAAUAGUUUUUGUACUUUACUUUUUUAUUCUAGUAUCUGUAAAUUUUGAAUGUACCUACUGUCUCCUUUUGAGGCACUUUAAGCAAGUCUUUUACCAUUAGGUAUUGAAGGUUUUAUUCAGAGACAUUCCUUCGAUAAAUUUGACUCGGUGAGAUUUUUUUUUCAACCCACACAAUUGUUGUCCUUACCUCGUGGCCAUUAGGUGACUCCAGUUUCAGUAUUAAUGAAGAGUUUAGAACAAGUAGGUAGUACAUUUACCUAGUUUUUACUAAUCCAGUUUUGAUUGUCAUUGCUAAUUUAGUUUCACCCUCAUUCAUCGAAUUCACUUAGUUUGUGAAAAAUUAUUAAUUAGGUUUUCAAAAUACUCCGUAACUUUUGGUGGCUAAUUGGAUAUUACACACGAAUUUAAAGAGGUUUUCUGCUGUUACAGUUAGUCGACAAUUUGCUAUCAGGAACUACUAUUUUUGGCUCAUUACAGGAACAGCACAUAUGCUAUUAGUUUUUACAUGCAGAUAGGUAGGUGUUUUUUUGGGUGACUCAGAAAUAGUAGUACUUUUUUGCAAAAUGUAGUCCAGUUGGUCUAAAUUUUACGCAUGUAAAUUCAAGGACAUUUUUUUCCAAUUUCUUUCAAUUCCUCAGACUGUGCUUUCUCCUUUGCUAUGUUUGCAAAUAAUUAAAGAGAAUGAUCUAGAAGUCCUGUAAGGCUAUUUUUAUCGUUUUUAUUAAAUUACUCUUCUAAGAAAGACCUUAACUACAAGGAUUAUCUGUGAAUGAAACCUUAGAUUCGAUUAACUCAGGAUUGAUGAAGUCCAACCAGCAUUUGAUUCUGAGGGAAAAGUAAAAAAGAAAUUAAAAUAACACACGAUUUCCCUUAGAAAUCGGGUACUUGUCUGAUUAAAAAGUAAAGAUCAAACGCUAGUUUCAACUUCUUUCUUUGCUCAAGAAAGAGGGAAAUAGAAAUAGGAGUAUUUAAAAUUCAAAAACAUAUUACUUUCAUUCUCAGCAAAAAGAAAAGCUCUUAGUUAAUGCUUAUUACAUGUAGUUCACUCAAGAUUUACAUUUACGAUUAAUCAUUUUUCAUCACUAUAAUGUCCUUCAAAAAUAUGAUUUUUCCUUUCUUUUAAUUAAUUUCCAAACUCAAAUGCUGGUUGGAAUGUUUUGGUUUCUUUUGUGUGUUUGUAGUUUUAAGAGAGAACAAUAAUUUUUAUUUGUGCAUUUUCAUUCAUUAUGAAUGAAAAAAAUAAAAAAAGGAUCAUCAUGGGUCAUCAAGGACCAGUGAAUGAAUACUGGGAAAACAACGUUUGGAAGCCUCUGUCAAAUGAAAGCCUAAUACUCUUCUCUCACUAUCUUUCAUUCCGUGCUAAAGAUGUUUCCAAGUUUUGUAUUUACUCUUUUUUUGAGACGCAAUACCAAUUGAAAUGUACAACAGGGUAAGGACGCUAUGCACUGCAAAAUUACUUUGGGAAAGGACCUUUAACACUUCCAAAGCAUCAAUUUUAAUAUUAAAUCUAGCUCUAUAAACAUUAUCUAAAGUGAACGGAGGGCAUGAGUUGCAUCGACUGCUUGUUCUCUUCUCAAUUAUCCUUUGCUUAUCAGUGAAUUUAAAUCCUUGGUUACUAGCAAACACGGAGCAAUUUUUUCAUGAUAAAUCCUUAAAUUAGCAGUAUUAAAAAAAUUGAAUGCUCCAUAAUUGUUGUUACAAUACCAUUGUUCACAAAGAACAAAUCUUAUGCCACUCUAACGAUUAUUCAAGCUCAAAAUGUAUUUUUAGAUGGAGUGUUUUUUUGUAACUUACGAUUUAUGCUAACAAAGUAGUCUAGUGUACAAAAUUGGUCAGUUUCCCGUGCCAACGAA